GGACUCUGCGUAUACAGUCUGUCUCAUUCUGAAAGCCGGUAAUAAAUAUUUCAAUUUUAUGGAACCUUCUGCUAAAAAAUCGAAAAUGGUUAAAAAUCCCAACUUCAAGAACAACAAGAAGAAGUACUUCCACACCAAGAGGCAGGUGCUGCAGCCUGGCCAGCGCGGAUUCUUUGCCACGUGCAACAUCAAUGAGAAGGCAUGCGUUCGCGAAUGCUACAAUCUGUUGAACCACUAUGCAGACUUGCUUUACGGCCCCGCCAACCCGGAGAAUGAGCCGGAAAGGAAGAAGAAGGAUGAGGAGGGAGCAGCCGGUGGGGAAGCAGGAGAGGAUGCUGGAAGGCCAGCGGGAGCCACCAUCAGCGACGAUGAUGACGAUCUGGAGGCAGCCACUGCCAAAUUGCGCGAGAAGCUAGUCCAGCGCAAUGUGCGCUUCCAGAAUGUGGACACCAACACCACCAAUUGCGUCUUCAUUCGCACCCAUCUGGAGGAUCCCGUGGCCCUGGGGAAGCACAUCGUCAACGACAUAGCCACCACCGGCAAGUCCAUGUCCCGAUUCGUCCUACGCCUGGUGCCCAUCGAAACCGUGUGCCGUGCCAAUAUGCCCGACAUCAUCGCUGCAGCCGGCGUGCUCUUCGACAAGCACUUCCUCAAGGAGCCCACCAGCUAUGGCAUCAUCUUCAACCAUCGCUACAAUCAGCAGAUCAAACGCGAUCAGAUCAUCACCCAGCUGGCCGAACUGGUCAACUCUAAGAAUGUGGGCAACACGGUGAGCCUCAAGGAGGCCAAGAAAUCCAUCAUAGUGGAGGUGAUGAGGGGCUGGUGCCUGCUCAGUGUGAUUGACAACUAUCUGGAGUGCAAGAAGUUCAAUCUGGCGGAGCUGGCCAAUCCCAGCGAGAAGAAAUCCAGCGGUGAGGGAGAUUCCAAGUCGGAGAAGUCUUUGGAGGAGGCUGCAGGGGAUGCCAAGUCGGAGGAAGGGAAGGAGGAGUUAGCCCAGGAAGAUGGAAAGUCACAAUCCGAUAAAGAGGACGAGACCAAGUAAUCUUUAGAACAAACCAAUGAGGAAACUAAGAAGCCUUAAGAGAGGACUCCCAGCCCAAAGGAGGCAAUGGUUAGAGGACCACAACUAGUUAUAGCUAAACACUCUGCUGUGCAGACUUAAUGAAUAAAAACGCUCCAGUUAUUAUUCUCUUUCUUUAAAAA